AUGGCUCAAUUAAAAACGAAAGACUUGGUUCGAGCGAAACGUCAAUACAAUCAAUGUUGCAAUGCAUUAUGUCUAUGUAUAUCAGUACAAAAUAGAGGAUGUAAUUGUUAUUGGGGUGGUGGAGGAAGACCACAACCGAGACCAAUUUAUGGCACAGGACCAGUUUAUGGGCCAAGACAAAUUUUUGCACCAAAUCCAUGUCAAAUGGAAUCAUGUGAUUUCAGUGGGCCAACAAUGCAAAACGCACCAAUACAACAAUUUCAACCAACUUUCAGCCCGACAAAUUAUUUGGUUCCAACGCAACAAAGUAGUGGCUGCAUGCAAGCAUGUAUGCCAUCAUGUCAACCGCAAUGUAUUCAAAGAAUUGGUGAUGGCGCUGCUCCCAUACCGCAAUCUCAAUUUAAUCCCAUUGCUCCAAUUGCGCAACAAAAACCAAUUUGUUUGAUUCUUUGCCUACCAGCUUGUGGAUCUCAAUGUGCACAACAGACUGCUAUGCCAAAUCCAAUUUAUCCGUCAAUACCUCCCUAUACAACGCCAUUUCCAUUUUACCCAACCACGCCCGUUCCAAUCUUAACAAGUCCGCAAACACCAAUACAGGUGCUUCAGCCAACUGCAAUCGUCAUUUGUGCUCCAGCUUGUAUGCCUUCAUGCACUGCACAAUGCAUACAGAAUCAACCAACACCGAUCACUCGACCUAAUGAAAUUCAAAUCGAUUUGCCCGAAUCGAUUAAACAACAACCAAAUUGCAUGAAUGUAUGUCAAGAAUCAUGCAUACAGCAAUGUGUUGGCCAAAAUUAUCCACUUAAUCAAUGCACACCAGCCUGCAUUUCAACAUGCACUCAAACAUGUUCCUCUGCGCCUAUUCCACUACAAUAUCCACCAUCACAAGCAUAUACUCAAGCGCCAUAUCAGCCAUUACCAUACAGUCAAGAUCUGCAAUACAAUCCAAUAGAGAAUAUUCCUUGCCAAAUGACCGCACAAGGUGGAUGUUCGUGUCCAGUCGGUUUUGCGAUUUGUGUUUCUGGAACGGCUCAACAAUGCUGCCGAAAGAAAUGA